GAAGAGAGAGAGAGAGAGAGAGAGAGAGAGAGAAAGAGAUUGUGUCGUUUACGUUUUACGUUUCUCUGCAAUGGCGUUCUCUGCAAUUACGUCCCGUUGCCCCUCCGUUCUUCGCUUGCCGAAAAACCCUCCGUCGACCUCUCUUCCUCGGAGCUCAGUUUCUUUCCGUUUCUCUCACCUAAAACUCAGCCAUAGAAAACCCCUUUCAAUUCGAUCGGUUUCAAUUCCAGCUGCGCCCACAUCUGAGGGGGUCGCCCCUGCAAUUUUGAUCACGGACAAUGCAUUGCAGUACUUGAAUAAGAUGAGAUCUGAACGGAAUGAAGAUUUGUGCUUAAGAAUUGGAGUUAAGCAGGGUGGUUGCUCUGGCAUGUCUUACACAAUGGAGUUUGAAAAUAGAGCAAACGCACGACCGGAUGACUCUAUCAUUGAGUAUAACAGUUUUGUGAUCGUGUGUGAUCCGAAGAGUCUUCUCUUCCUAUUUGGCAUGCAAUUGGAUUACAGUGAUGCUCUUAUUGGUGGAGGUUUCUCUUUCAAGAACCCCAAUGCUACACAAACUUGUGGUUGUGGCAAAUCCUUUGCAGCAGAGAUGUAGGAUUAAUUAUGCACAUUAAACAGUCAAAACAUAUAAUGUAUAGAAUACAAUUGUACUUGCCUUUUUUUCCCUUCUUUAUUUUUUCAAAUAUUAUUGGUAUAAUAUAAGUUAUAUAACAUAAGAACUUGGUGAUACCGCGGUGAUGUGAACGUGAUAGAAAUGGUUUUCUAAAGGGAAAAGUGCCAUAAUGCCCUUUUAUAAUAUCAUUUUUA